ACCUAUGCCAGCAGAGCUGCAACUUCAAAUCUUCAAUUGUGUCAUCCACUCUGCUCCACAUCUAUGGCGUUCACAAGGGUAUACUCGUCAUCCUUCUCCUUCUUGUCCGCCGUCACAAGGUGCAGGCAUGACGUGUUCUUGAGCUUCAGAGGCGAAGACACCCGCCACAACAUCACGCCGCAGCUACACAGGGCCUUGGAGGCGGCAGGCAUUCCAACCUUCAAAGACGACGUCAACCUCCACAAAGGGGGAGAGAUCGCGUCUGAGCUGCUAAAAGCCAUCCAAAUGUCGAGGAUUGCCGUCAUUGUCUUCUCAAGAAACUAUGCGAAUUCGGGGUGGUGCCUCGACGAGCUGGUGAAGAUUGUAGAGUGCAAGAACCAAGCUGGGCAGCUGCUUCUGCCUAUCUUUUACGAUGUUGAUCCUCUUGACCCUGGGAGUUUUGUGGAAGCGUUUGCCACACAUGAAGAGCGUUUCAGGGGAGGGAAUUUAGCCGAAAGCAAGCUGGAGAAGUGGAGGGCAGCUUUGACAGAGGCUGCUACUCUGUCUCAAGGAUGGGAUUUGCAGAAUGUUGCCAGCUGGCAUCAGUCAAAAUUCAUCAAGGAAAUUGUGAAACAUGUUAUGGGAAGACAUCAAGAUGCGCACAUGAGUGCUUCGAUCUUCCCGCCUAGAAUGGAUUCUGGUAAAGAGUACCUCAAUCUCUUGUUAACUGUCAUAUCGGAUGAUGUUCUCAUAAUAGGCAUCUGUGGAAUGGACAAAACAUCGAUUGCCAAAGCUGUUUAUAAUCAAAAUUUUCUGAGAUUUGAAGGCAGCAGUUUCCUUUCCAAUGUAAGCACAAUUGCAGAAGAACCAGGUGGACUACUUGCUUUACAAAAACAUUUCCUUUCUGAUAUCCUAAUGGAAGACAAUUUGAACAUAGACAACGUCGAAAGAGGAACCGCAAUGAUAAAAAAGGAACUUGGCAGCAAAAGAAUCCUUGCAGUUCUUGAUGAUGUGAACAAGUUGGAACAAUUAAAUGCACUUGCUAGC